CCCGCUCGGCCGCGCGCUCCGUGUCCCCCUGCCGGCUCCCAGCCGCGGCGCCCCGCGCAUCGCCCUCGCGUCCCCGCCGCCGCCACCCCGCGCCCCGCGCCAUGGAGCCGGCCGCGGGCAGCGAGCGCCGCAGCGCCCCGGGCCCCGCCGUCCCGCCGCCGCCGCCGCCGCCCCGGGGCCCCCCACCCUUGGCCGCCGCGCCGGGCCCUCUGGGGACCCCCGCGCGGGAGCCGCCGCAGUCCGACGACGAACGGCAGAUGCGCAUCAGCGAGAGCGGCCAGUUCGGCGACGGGCUGGAGGACCGAGGCUUACUAGAAAGCAGCACUCGACUAAAACCCCACGAAGCACAGAACUACAGAAAGAAGGCGUUGUGGGUCUCCUGGUUCUCCAUUAUUGUCACACUGGCCCUGGCGGUAGCUGCCUUUACCGUCUCCGUUAUGAGGUACAGCGCCUCUGCUUUUGGGUUUGCAUUUGAUGCCAUCCUUGAUGUCCUGUCAUCGGCGAUUGUGCUGUGGCGUUACAGCAAUGCGGCCGCUGUACAUUCUGCCCAUAGGGAGUACAUAGCCUGUGUCAUCUUGGGGGUGAUAUUCCUUCUGUCAUCCAUAUGUAUAGUGGUCAAAGCCAUCCAUGACCUCUCAACGAGGCUGCUCCCAGAAGUGGAUGAUUUCCUGUUCAGCGUCUCCAUCCUAAGUGGGAUCCUGUGCAGUGUCCUUGCCGUGCUGAAGUUCAUGCUGGGGAAGGUUCUGACAAGCAGGGCACUCAUCACAGAUGGGUUUAACUCCCUUGUAGGUGGCGUUAUGGGCUUCUCCAUUCUCCUGAGCGCAGAGGUGUUCAAGCAUAAUGCAUCAGUCUGGUACCUGGAUGGAAGCAUCGGAGUGCUCAUUGGCCUCACCAUAUUCGCCUACGGGGUCAAACUCCUCAUGGACAUGGUGCCCAGGGUGAGGCAGACGCGCCACUACGAGAUGUUUGAGUGAGCAGCUGGGCAUCGCGUGGACCCCAUCAAGAUGGCAGGAGGCUCCCACACAGGCAGAUGGUGCCAAUGUUUAAUUGAACAUCCAGCUUUUGUUUUUCGUUGUUUUGGGGGACGGUUUAUGCUCCUGGGCACGAGGUGUACCCAGUAGGUGGGUCUGCACUGCUCCCCCCGCCUCACUCC